UGUUCAAGCCCCCCCGUUUGACCUUGUCACUUCGGAAACGAACUGAGAGAAAAGGGAAAAGAGAUUGAGCGAGAGCGAUAGAGAGAGAGAGAGAGAGAGCCUGAUUGUAACUGAAAGUAAUUGAGUUCCAAUUGGCUCAUGGGUAUUUAGAGAGAGACAGUGGGAGAGAGAUCUUUGAGACCCACUUGGGUUUUCUUCUUGUACUGCAAAAAUGGUUGCGAGAACCCCACCAAAGCAGAGGAAAAUGGUAGCCCCUCUCAAUCCGGCCCUACUCAGAGAAACCGUAAAGAAGGUGGAUAGGUGUAUGGCUAGGCUGCAGGAGCUACAGUAUACGGUGGCAGGAGGAACAAAAGUGAUCUCAGGGGUGAGUCUCAGCCCUCGAAGUACCCGAGGUUAUCUGAGGACUAGCCUUAGAUGCAAGCAAGAGUCAGCAAGGAUCAAGAAUGUUGCUGCUAAGAAAUCUCCAGUGGGGAAGUUUCCAGCUCAUUCAGCAGGGGAGUGGCGUAGAAUGUCACUACCAGCAAUGCUUGUAGGUGAAACAAUGGGAGAAAUUCUACACGCAAGCCAAUUUGCAAAAGAAAUAGCGGCAGCAGUUGUUAACAAAACCAAGAAAACACCCCUUGACGAUCCAAAAACUCCGGUAUCUCAACGGAGAAACCAGAAGCCACGACCCGAAAACACAGAAUUAAAAGCUAGAAGGAAGAGGGAGAAGCAAACCAAACUGCAAUCGAUUCGGUCCGAGUCCGAUUCGCCCUCGCUUCAAAGGGCUCGAUCCCGAAUCAACUUCAAGGUUUCACCUCCAAAAUUUAGAGAAGUGGAAAAAGAAAACAACCUACUCAUAGCAAAUAGGGUGUCCCCCAAACACAGGCCAUGGGCUAAGAAGACUGUUCUUUUCCCCAACCCUUUGUUCCUGUCUACAGCUUCUUCUACACAGCAGCAGAAGUUUUGCAAGACAAGGUCUCCAAUCAUAGGAAGAAACAAACAGUUGCAGACACCACAUAAGUUCUUAAUCAAGUCGCCCCCGUCGGCUUCUUCGAAGUUUCAAGUGAAGAUCAAGAGCCCACCGGUGGUUUCUCUUUCCCCCACAAGGCCUACAGGAUUGAACAAGAAGUCUCCAAAGAUGUCAACUGCAUCAAAAUUGCGCCGGUCUUUCUCUCCUUCAAGACUGGCAACCAGAUUGGUGUCUCCAUUGAAGAGCAGAAAAGGUGUACAGAAGAGUGAUGGGAUGAUGAGUGGAUUAAAACAGCGCCAGCUUUCAACACCAAUACGAUUCUGAACUCUGGCAUAUGUUUGAGCCUAGUGAUAUGCUUGUUGCUUGAAAACUCAGGCGUCUUGUUUAUGAUACUUUCUUGAUGUUCAUAGUUGAUUCUUUUGCUUGUGUUUGCUCAUUCCAUAGCAUUUCUUGAUGUACAAGUUUGCCACUUUAUUCAUUCCAAGGUAUCAAUAAC